GACGCUGCAAGCCGGCCGGGCGGAGAUGCAGCGGCGGCUCCGGGUGUCGCGGCGCGGGCCGGGUGGUGCGCGGGCCCGAGGCGGGCAGGGGGUAUCCGCCGCGGCACCCACACUUUCCUGACGCCGCAGCCCUGCAGGCGGUCCCGGGUCGUCCCAGCCGUCGUCCCGCUUUGCAGUCCCCACCCCUCCGCCCUUUGUGCCGCCGCCACCCGACGUCCCCAGCUCGGCGGGACCCAGGGCGCGCGGGAGCCAGAGGCCCCUCUGUGCGCACGGCCGGUAGCGGAUGGCGAUCGCGCGGGGCGGGCGAAGGGGCUUUGCAGCCCGAGCCCGCGACGUGGGAAGCCCGGGCCGCCUCCGACGCAUUGUCCCGGGCUGCGAGCCCAGGCCCUGAGCUGCCGCAGCGCCCGCCCACCGCCACCCGCGGGGCCAUGCGGAGAGCGGCCGGGAUGGAGGACUACUCCGCAGAGGAGGAGGAGUCCUGGUACGAUCAUCAGGACCUGGAGCAGGACUUGCACCUGGCGGCUGAGCUCGGGAAGACCCUGCUGGAGAGGAACAAGGAACUGGAGGAGUCCCUGCAGCAGAUGUACUCCACCAAUGAGGAGCAAGUGCAGGAGAUUGAGUACUUGACCAAGCAACUGGACACGCUGCGGCUCGUGAACGAGCAGCACGCCAAAGUGUACGAGCAGCUGGACCUGACGGCUAGGGACCUGGAGCUGACCAACCAGAGGCUGGUGCUGGAAAGCAAGGCUGCCCAGCAGAAGAUCCACGGGCUGACGGACACCAUCGAGCGCCUGCAGUCCCAGGUCGAGGAGCUGCAGGCCCAGGUGGAGCAGCUGAGAGGCCUGGAGCAGCUUCGGGUUCGCCGGGAGAAACGGGAGCGCAGGAGAACCAUCCAUACUUUCCCUUGCCUGAAGGAGCUGUGCACAAGCCCCCGCAGGUGUGAAGAUGCCUUCCGCCUGCACAGUUCCUCGCUGGAGCUGGGCCCUCGGCCCCUGGAGCAGGAGAAUGAACGACUGCAGACCUUGGUGGGGGUGCUGCGUUCCCAGGUGAGCCAGGAGCGGCAGCGCAAGGAGCGUGCCGAGCGCGAGUACACGGUGGUGCUCCAGGAGUACACGGAGCUGGAGCGGCAGCUGUGUGAGAUGGAGGGCUGCCGCCUGCGCGUGCAGGAGCUGGAGGCGGAGCUGCUGGAGCUGCAGCAGAUGAAGCAGGCCAAGACCUACCUGCUGGCCCGUGAUGAGCACCUGGCCGAGGCUUUGCUGGCGCCCCUCACUCAGGCGCCUGAGGCCGAUGACCCCCAGCCAGGCAGUGGGGAUGACAGCAGUGUCCAGGAUGGUGUCUCAUCACCUGCAGCCUCCCCCAGCCACGCCGUGCGCAAAAGCUGCAGUGACACAGCCCUCAAUGCCAUCGUGGCCAAAGACCCCGCCAGCCGUCACGCUGGCAACCUCACGCUGCACGCCAACAGCGUGCGCAGGCGUGGUAUGUCUAUCCUGAGGGAGGUGGAUGAGCAGUACCACGCACUGCUGGAGAAAUACGAGGAGCUGCUGGGCAAGUGCCGGCAGCACGGCGCCGGGGUGCGGCACGCGGGCGUGCAGACCUCGCGGCCCAUCUCCAGGGACAGUUCGUGGAGGGACCUACUGGGGGGCGAGGAGAGCCAGGGAGAGGGCAAGGCGGGUGAGAAGAGCCUAAGCCAGCACGUGGAGGCUGUGGAUAAGCGGCUGGAACAGAGCCAACCUGAGUACAAGGCACUCUUCAAAGAGAUCUUCGCCAGGAUCCAGAAGACCAAGGCAGACAUCAACGCCACCAAAGUCAAGACGCACAGCAGCAAGUGAUCCCUCUAGACCCGCGGCCGCCCCUUGCCUCCCCGCCAAGGGGGUCCCUCAUGCCUGGAUGGCAGCCCCUUGGCAGAUAAGACAGUCCUCUACGCAGCAGCAAUAUAGCCUAGCAGGUGGCUGGAGCAUGAGCAGGGAGGGCCUCUCUGAUUUGGGGACACAGCAUGUUUCCUACCGAUGGCUUGAAUCGCCUGUCCUGCUCCCUUGACCGCUUUGCUUCAGUUUGAAGGCCCAGCUCAGUUUAAAAGCCAAACGUCCU